GCCCUACACACACACACACACACACACACACACACACACGCUCCUUACUGUUCAUACUCUCCUUUUUAUUUUUUUUCCCCCCAAAUUUCUUGACUUUUCCCUCAUUUUCUUACCUCCCGGAGGAAAAAAAGGCAACGUGCAGCUAAGGCUCGCAAAGGAUUUCCUUCCUUUGCUGAAGAAAUAUCUCUACCUUUACCCCCCUCUUCCUUAGCGGGAGGGGCAGCAGCCGGGGAAGCGAUGCGAAGCUACUUUUUUCUGCUUUGCCUCUGCAGUCUCUAUUGUUCUGUUACCGCGGGAAAGACAGACCCGGAUGGUCCAGAGGGGCGACUGAAAGAUAGAAGCUUAACCGAGCAUCCCCAGUCCAAUACAGUGCACCCUCCUGCCAAGCCCUCAGUGCGGUUUAAUGUCAGAAUCUCCAAGGACCCAGAGCAUGAAGGCUGCUAUCUCUCCAGGGGUCAUGACCAACAUUUAAAAGACUGUGAUUUCAAUACCACAGCAAAAACCUUUUUCAUCAUCCACGGAUGGACGAUGAGUGGUAUGUUUGAGAAUUGGUUGUUCAAGCUCGUGUCAGCCCUCCAGACGAGAGAGAAGGAUGCUAAUGUAGUUGUGGUAGACUGGCUGCCAUUGGCUCAUCAGCUCUACACAGAUGCCGUCAACAACACCAGGGAAGUGGGCUUUAAAAUUGCCAAGAUGCUGGAUUGGCUGCAGGAGAAGGAGCAUUUUUCUCUUGAAAAUGUUCACUUGAUCGGCUAUAGUCUUGGAGCUCAUGUUGCUGGAUAUGCUGGGAACUUUGUGCAGGGGACAAUAGGCAGGAUCACAGGUUUGGAUCCGGCUGGCCCCAUGUUUGAAGGGACAGACGUGGACAAGCGGCUCUCACCGGAUGAUGCAUAUUUUGUGGAUGUUCUCCACACGUACACUCGUUCCUUUGGCUUGAGUAUUGGAAUCCAGAUGCCCGUGGGCCACAUUGAUGUCUAUCCCAAUGGGGGUGACUACCAGCCAGGUUGUGGGCUGAAUGACGUUUUAGGAUCAAUUGCUUAUGGAACAAUCACUGAAGUGGUGAAAUGUGAGCAUGAGCGGGCUGUGCAUCUUUUUGUGGACUCCCUGGUGAACCAGGACAAGCAAAGCUUUGCUUUCCAGUGCACAGAUUCCAAUCGUUUUAAGAAAGGCAUCUGCCUGAGCUGCCGGAAAAACCGCUGCAAUAGCAUUGGCUACAAUGCCAAGAAAAUCCGGCACAAAAGAAACAGCAAGAUGUAUUUAAAGACACGAGCUGGCAUGCCUUUCAAAGUUUACCAUUACCAGAUGAAAAUCCACGUCUUCAGCUACAAGACCAUGGGAGAAACAGAGCCCUCAUUUUAUGUUACACUUUAUGGCACCAACACGGAUUCCCAGUCUCUUCCUCUAGAAAUAGUGGAGCGGAUAGAUUUAAAUGCCACCAACACCUUCCUGGUCUACACGGAGGAAGACAUGGGGGAUCUGCUGAAGAUCAAGCUCUCCUGGGAGGGCACAUCUCAAUCCUGGUACAACCUGUGGAAAGAACUGCGCAAUUAUCUGUCGAAACCCCACAACCCUGUGAGGGAGCUUCACAUUAGGCGUAUUCGGGUCAAAUCUGGGGAAACUCAGCAGAAAUUGACUUUCUGUGUUGAAGAUCCUGAGCAAACUAGCAUCUCUCCUGGCAAAGACCUCUGGUUUACCAAGUGCCGCGAUGGCUGGAGAAUAAAAAAUCAGACCAGUUCAGCCACAGAUCUGCUCUAAGGGUCCUUUUGGAGGAUUUACCCCGCUGAGACCUACUGCCAUCCAACUACAUGGAGAAAGUUACUGCUGAGAUCUACCCGGAGGGCAGGAUCUCCUCUUGACUGUUAUCAGGAGGGCAGUUUACCACUGGGCUCAGGCCCUCUUUCCCCACAACUGCUGUAAUGGCAGGCAGGAGGGGAACUCAUCCUUUACUGCAACUUAUCACAGCUAUUUAGGCUAGUACUAACCCUAACUAAAUGCUCAGUGGAUCCCAGGUGGAGGCUGAGUUCCAGUUCUGUCUACAAGCUUAAUAUCUGUGUGCUUCUCAGUGCUGGUUUGAAGUUCCUUGGAGAAUACCCAUCUGUAUUUUUGGCCAAGGGAAACAGCCAUUCUGAAGAGACUCUUAAUGGAUGAGGUGCCAUAAAGGCCACACACACCCCAAAGAUUCUCUGACUGGUGGUCUUUCCUCUCAGGGUCAUUUCAGAGAAAAAAAAAAAGUCUUUCUGAUCUGAUGAGACACAUGGGGAACAUUCUGUGUUUUUACAAAGAAGAGAAAUCACUUCAGAGGAUGAUGCUGAAAGGUUCUGGGCAGCUUUGGGUUGCAUUGUCCCUGCUUUCCACAUUUGAGAGGUACAAUCUCUCUUUUCACAUACUCUUGCAAUGUCCAAAGGAUCAGUCAUUUGUUCCCAACAUAUAUUUAUUGAGACUACCAUUCGUUGGUUGCAUGACAUUGAACAAAUCAGUGCCUUUGAGUCUUGGUUUCCUCAUUUGAAAAUGAGUGGGCUAGAUCUAGAUGAUCAAUAAAACCCUGUCUAGCUCUGGCACUCAGUGGCUGUAGGAGAUGCAAAUUAUGUAUAAGGUAUACCUUGGGGAUCAUAAAUGCUUUCUUUAUACAACCUUUGCCAAAUAAUGUAUUGACAUGUUAAUCACCAUCAAAGCUAUUCUAUUGGUUUGUCUGUAGAAAAUAUAACUGGUUACAUUUCAAAGAAAAAUUUUUACUAUUUUGGGUAUUAAAAACACUGCAGCUAUUAAGCAUAUUUAUAUAUGCAAAGGUCAGCAUAGGUCAAGAAAACUUGGAUUCAGGAGCUACAGAUUGGGCUUAUUUAAAUCUUGAUUUUACUUUGCACUUAAGACUCCUACUUCAAAGAUUUUAUAUUUCCAGUUGUGCCUCACCAGUGCAGAACUUCCAAAAAACCCUCCAAAUUCAUCAUUUUUAUAUUUUUCAAAGAACAGCAUCAUAUAUGAUUUAUUUAAUUCUUAGAUGAGUUGGAGAGAGCAGACACUAUUUCCCCCAUUUUAUAGAUACAGAAACUAAGAUUCAGAGAGAUAGUAUGUGUCACCUAUCAUUUGACAGUGGUACCAGUCCUAUACCCAGAGAUACUGGUCCAUCAUUCAGGACCUUUGUCUCUACACCUUAGUGUUAAGAUUUGGGAUGGAAUUAUUGAGUCUUUCCCUCCUGAAAUGUUCCAAAUGUGAUGUGUAGGAGCGCUUUUCCAUUGAAUUUUGAACCUCUAUCUUCAAAAAGAAAGAUAAUUUUGUGUGUGUGUGUGUGUAUGUGUGUGUGAGAGAGAGAGAGAGAGAAACAGAGAGAGAAACAGAGAAACAGAGACAGAGACAGAAAGUCAGAGAAACAGACACAGUGAGAGAGAGAGAAAGAGAGAGUGAGCGACUGACAGAGACAGAAAGAGAGAUAUUGGAUGGAACUGGACAUUUUUUCUCUAGCUCUAGUUUCUGAAAGAUAGUGGAUUAGCCUGCAUAAUGCCAAAGGUGUGUUUUUGCUCAGUGCACUCGCUUUAAGAGACCCCUUCAGUUAGCUUUUCAUACCUGCUGGGUUUCCCAAUUUGUAUGUCUCUCUGUUGAUAAGUUUUGUGUCUAUCUCUAACCAAAGUCAAGCUUGCAUUCCAAGCUUGAUAGGCCUUGGAUGAUGGAAGUCUUUGGAGUUGAUUUCCAGAAAAUGGAUCUUCACCGGCCAUGUAUUUAUGCAGUUGGCUUAAAGCCUUAUAUGUAUAUAAUGAUGUUUUGUAUGCUGCCUAGAACUCUAUUUAUUUCUCAGAUGUAUAUAAUGUACAAAGAAGAGAUAGAUGUUUUAGGUUAAUUAGUUAUUGCUUUGGAACUAACAUAUUUUGGUAAUUUUUUUUUUUUACAAAGUCCUGCAGGAAAAUAAUAAAACAUUAUUUGAUUCUAAAAA